ACCGAAGCAGUGUGGUUGCGCGAAGCGAAUGACGUCUCUGAAUUUGCGGGCCGCCGACGCAGGGCUGGGUUUCCAUUUUCACAGCGACUUUCGGGGGGGUUCAUCAACAUGGAGCCGGAGAUGGAAGACAAAACGGUGGAACUGAUGUGCUCUGUGCCUCGCUCUCUCUGGCUGGGCUGCUCCUCGGUGGCUGAGAGUUUGUGUGCACUCAGGUGCCUGCAGAGCAUCCCCUCCACCCGGGCUCACAACCAGACCACGUCAGGGAUGGAGUCACAGACCUUAGUGGACGACCUGUCGCCAAAGAAGACUACAAUGGUGAAGCUUACUAACGGUCCUGUAAUAGGGUCUCGCAAGCGUCCGUCAGAAGGGAACUAUGAGAAGGAGAAGGAACACUGCAUCGCCUUGUUCGACCAGUGGUCAGAGGCUGACCAAGUGGAGUUUGUCGAGCGGCUGAUAUCCCGUAUGUGCCACUACCAGCACGGCCACAUCAACUCCUACCUCAAACCCAUGCUGCAGAGGGAUUUCAUCACUGCAUUGCCAGCCCAAGGCUUGGAUCACAUUGCAGAGAACAUCCUGUCUUUUCUGGAUGCACGUUCGCUUUGCGCUGCAGAGCUGGUAUGUAAAGAGUGGCAGAGGGUAAUUUCUGAGGGCAUGCUGUGGAAGAAGCUCAUUGAGCGAAUGGUCCGGACCGACCCGCUUUGGAAAGGCCUGUCUGAAAGACACCAGUGGGAGAAAUAUUUGUUCAAGAACCGCACAUCAGAAAUCCCGCCCAACUCCUACUAUCACUCGCUUUAUCCUAAGAUCAUUCAAGACAUAGAGACAAUUGAGGCUAAUUGGCGAUGUGGCAGACACAACUUGCAAAGGAUUCAGUGUCGCUCAGAAAACAGUAAAGGUGUUUAUUGUCUCCAGUACGAUGAUGAGAAGAUCAUCAGUGGCCUUAGGGACAACUCCAUCAAGAUCUGGGAUAAACAAACACUGGAAUGUCUGAAGGUACUGACCGGCCACACAGGCUCAGUAUUGUGUCUCCAGUAUGAUGAGAGAGUCAUCGUCACUGGGUCUUCUGAUUCGACUGUCAGGGUUUGGGAAGUCACGACGGGUGAGGUACUGAACACGCUGAUCCAUCACAACGAGGCUGUUCUUCACCUGCGAUUCGCAAAUGGUCUCAUGGUCACCUGCUCCAAGGACCGCUCGAUUGCAGUGUGGGACAUGGCCUCGCCUACUGACAUCAGCCUGCGGCGCGUCCUUGUUGGACAUCGUGCUGCUGUCAAUGUCGUUGACUUCGAUGAUAAAUAUAUUGUGUCCGCCUCAGGGGACCGCACCAUUAAGGUGUGGAGCACCAGCACCUGUGAGUUUGUGCGCACUCUAAAUGGUCACAAGCGGGGGAUUGCCUGUUUACAGUAUAGAGAUCGUCUGGUAGUCAGCGGCUCAUCUGACAACACAAUCCGGUUAUGGGACAUCGAGUGCGGGGCAUGUUUGCGAGUGCUGGAAGGUCACGAGGAGUUGGUGCGCUGCAUUCGCUUCGACAACAAAAGGAUUGUCAGCGGAGCCUACGAUGGCAAAAUAAAAGUGUGGGACCUUCAGGCAGCACUUGACCCACGAGCCCCUGCUAGCACAUUAUGUCUGCGCACUCUAGUGGAGCACUCUGGCCGUGUUUUCCGCCUGCAGUUCGAUGAGUUUCAGAUCAUCAGCAGUUCUCACGACGACACCAUUCUGAUCUGGGAUUUUCUGAACGUUUCACCUAAUGGCCAGUCAGAGGGACGAUCUCCAUCCCGUACCUACACGUACAUUUCUAGAUAGCAGGUGGCGCAAUGCAUCUCACCCUUUAUAGGAGGAAAUCCAGGGCUGAUUGGCUGAUGGGUGCAUCUGUUGCGAAAAGGAGCGCAUCUUUUUUUCUUUUUUUUUUUUUCCUUCCUCCUUGUCAUCUCUCUGUCCAUCUCCCACUCAGCCCCGUUCUGACAGACUCUUAAGCUUGUGCUCAUUGCCUGCCAGUUCAGCAACCUACAUACAGCCCAACAUCAAUGAGGAUUCCCUACUGCAGAACCAACACAGCUCUCCCAAGAAGUUCAUCUUCUGCUACUAAUUUAUGUUUUGUAAAGUACACUAAUGACAGUAUUAACGUCAACCUGGCAUAAUGUCACAAGCUCCUGUUUUUUUUUUUUUUUUUUUUUUUUUUUCUUUUUUUUUUUUCUUUUUUGGUCCCCUUGAAGCAAACUUAAAGCGGCUUCUGCUCCUCAGAUUUUAACCCCUGCCAAAACCAGGUUUCCACAGAUACGGAAUUGCUUAUAGAUAUAUAUUUAUAUAUUACACUGACAAAUGCAGACACAGUGGCACAGUUGGACAGAAGAUGACUGGAGCUGUGAUACGGGAGACAGAGACUCUUUACUCGGCUCUUAAGCAAGAAGGGAAGGAUGGGAGAUGGAGGGACUGAAAGAGGGAGAAAUGUUGGAGAAGGUUUCCCUGCGCCUUCUCACAGAAUUAUGCUCCUCGUCUCUCUCUCUCUCUCUCUCUUUCUCUCUGCACCCCGCUCUCCCCGUACCCCACCACUUAGCCUCCCUUUCACAGCCCCUCCCACGAGGUGCACAUUCGUUUGGAAUAAGGGGGCACACACACACACACACACUCACACACACUCUGAACGAGUGUGUUUUUGUGUAUUUGGACUUGUGAAAAUGGCAGAACAGAGCAGAAGCGUCAGACAUGCAUGUGAGGUUGCCUUGGAUACAGCAUCCUGGUACACCUCUGCUUUUUUUUUUCCUCUUUAAUUCUUACUUUCUUACUGUUUUUUAUUACUGUUAUUUUCUAACUUCAUUUGAGUAUUUUGGUUCUUAGUACAAAGAAAAUCAUACUAAGCAUAGUCCUUUCUCCUGCCACUCUUUCCCUGCCCUUCUCGUCAUUCUUUCUACCUACACCCGCUCCCCACUGUGGUUUUCUGUCCUCCUCACGCCAUCUUUCUCUCUCCCAUCAUCCUAAGUGCUUGCUUUGGUAAUGAGAGAAGCUGGAAUUCAAGAACUCAAAAUUUAGCUGUAAACGGAGUUGUCUUGUCAAAAAUUGUGUUGUAUAUUAAAAUGAUUUUUUAAAGAAGAAAAUGACCUUAUUGUGAAUAAAGUACUUGACAGUG